AUGCUUCAAGGUUCUCUCAUUUUGUGGUCAGUUGCGGAUUAUACGCGCGUUGGGCUGGUUGUAUAUACUGUACAUAUUUCCCCAUUUGAGCUUUGGCUCUACCACCUGUGCUUGUUAUCUACUUCAAUACCACCUGGAUUUUCUGUUGGUGGUUCCACAACUUCAAUGUGCGAUUUGACAUUAAAUAAUCCAGGUUCUACUUCCAUCAACUGCAAAUCUCUGAAUAUUGGUUACUCUCCUCGCUGGCCUGUCACGCUUCCUGAUCUCAGCCUUUCUCUUUUUCAAGAUGGCAAUCUUCAGCUUUCUGAUAGCCUCUGUUUAACUGAUGAUGAUGCACUUGAUAUAGCCACCAACUGUACGAAUUCCACAAGCAUAUGCUUAGAUAUGCAAGCCAAAGAGAAUAUUGAUGAAUGUGGUUCCGAUUUAUCUCAUCACUUUCACAAUCUUUCUAUGAUCGGUCCUUCGCGUACUAAUCAAAUCUGGGCUAUUGGUGCAGAACGACGAAUCAGUACAACGCCAGCAAGUGAUAUAGCGGGCGGAAGUAAUGGCAGUUCCGGACUUCUUUCAUGUUUCGGAGAAUCACAUUGUAGUUUUGGUUCCGGUUCAGUUUCUGGGAGAUUAGACAAUAAUCAAAGCUCUCAAGAAAAUAAUAGUGUUGCACCGUUCGAUUUACUAUCGAUUUGGGAACCUCGUCAAAAUAACUCUCAUGUUUGGUUGCCUGACCUUACGCAAGAUCCAACGGCAGCGAAUGCAUCUGCAGCCAACUGCUCUGCUACAGGAAAUGAUGCACCUGAAGAACAGGGAAAUCACAAUCAUUUGGGUCUAGGGAUCGACAACGGAACUGAAAAUGAAGUACUACCUUGGAAUUGGGAUGCAGCUUGCGGUUUGGCGAAUACAACUUCUUGGCGUGAUUUGUUUCGGGAAUGCAAAGACUCUGAAUCGUCCACCUUGCCAUUUAACCCUUCAGAUACGGAUGAUAUGAACCACUCAGGUGGACCGGAUUUUGUAGCUCAUGCACCUUCUUCAGGUCUGUGGUCAUCUAUGCACAAUGUUGCAUCAUCUAUAUCGAAUUCCACGUCAUCUCCUUUAAACGCGCAACCUGCUAUGCUUUUUGGAUCAACAUUGGGUCUUACUCCAGCAUCAAAUGAACUUGACACCCUACACUCAUCUCAUCAGUCCGAUUCUUUUAAUAAUCCCAAUAUGUCUAGAUCAAAUGCAUCUUUGUUCGCACAAUCAAAUUCUGCCCUGACAAACUCUCGUACGCUUGCUUUUCGUGGCUCAUCAGCAUCCAAUUUAGAUAUAAAUUCUGUAUCAGAUAACACUGUCACAAACUUAUAUACAUCAUUGCCUUCAAAUGCAAUUAUGGCAGAUGCACUACUUGCCUUUCCAUCUCUUUUUCUUUUUGGUCAGUCAACUGAAUCUGAAAGUUCGGGACUUAUGACGCACCAAGCGAAUCUGAGCUCUUUACCUGCAUCAUCAACACCUCUUCAAAUCCCUGUUUCGUUUGUUGGCUGUCAAGCCUCUGCUUUCGGCCCACCGUUUCAAAUGAAUGAAACUCACAUUGGGAAUGAUAGCUAUGCAAAGCAUCCUGGUAUUUUGCCACCUCCGGGUUUGUGUGCUAGUUCACCGCCAUCAAGCAAUUGUACAACACCAACUCUUUCUUCAAUUCCAGUUGUAUCGGCCACAUCAUCAGCUUCUCAGAUAGCAGGAGGAAAUUUCGAAGCGAAUGCACUUUGUGAAUCCAAUAUUGUAAAUAAUUCAUUUCCACCUGGUUAUAAUAUAUCCACACCUCAUAAUGGUAUAUUGGAUCCACAGUCAAUGGCUAUGGCUAUGACACUUUUCAUGUCACAAGGAGCUAAUAACAACAAUCAAAUUCCGCCAGCAUUUUCACAAGCACCUCAGUGGAAUCAUGUCGCAUUUAUGAUCAUGCAGCAGUUAGCAAAUGGUAUGACAAGCAAUCCAGGUUGUAUGGUUACAUCUUCUGCAAAUACAAUGGUUGACAGUAUUUCACCGGCUACUGGGAAUAAUAUUAUCGAUCAGUCACACCUUGCUGCAGGAACUUUUGCUAUCCUUCAAGCUCAACAACUGAUGCAUGCUGCACAUCAACAAUACCAGCAGCAGCAACAACAACAACAGCGUCAUACUACUGUAAUUAGCGGCAACGGUACAAUGAAUAAUAACUCUUCAAGCUGUGCUAUUGCUUCUACUAUCGCUUCGCCAACAUCUCUAGUUGCACCGUUCACUUCUAGUGUCACAAAUCCAUCUAACUAUUUCGGAGGUUUGUAUUCAUCCGGCUCAGUUGUUCCUGGGUUAACUCCUGGAAAUUUCUCAGUGCCUAAUGGGAUAAAUUUGUUACCACCAGUUGGUCUUCUACACCCUGAAGCGAAUGGAAAUCCAAAUUCAGUUGCCGGUGACGUACCCAGUUACAGUCGUAUAUCGGCUUCUCAACCCCCUGGGGGUCUUGCUGUUACUAUGCAUAUCUCACCGACAUCAACAGGACUUCCGAGACCGCCAUUACCUGUCUCAACUGGAUUCUCACCAGCCACUCCAUACGCGUUUAAUUUUGACGCAUCUAUGCAUAAGAAUCGUGCUUUUGCUGCCGCCUUCGCUGCUGUAUCAGGUGUAGCUGUUACUGCGACACCACCGCCUGGUAUGUGUCCCAACCCUAAUCUUCGGCCUAAUGGGGUGAACCACCCAGCUCUCUUAGGAAACAGGGCUCCAGUUCCACCGCCUCUUAUGCCUGUAGUUACUGGUCGUAGUCCUGGUUUAUUGCCUGCUGUACAUUCUCAACCUGUCCAACAAAGUCCAAACUAUGCUGCUGCUCUUCAGUCACAUCAAAACAUCAACCAGCGACUUCAAGCUCCAUUACUUUCCCCUCUUCCUUUGACGUUACCUGGUACUGCUUCUUCAAGACCUAGUUCGGUUGUCGGUGUAAACAUAACAACAUCUGCUCAGCUGGUCCCUACUACUGUGUCUAGUCGUAGUCAACUUUUGGAAGAUUUUCGAAAUUCUAGUGCACGCUUUCAACAUAUGCAUCUAUCAGAGCUACGUGAUCAUAUGGUUGAAUUUGCUCGUGAUCAGCAUGGAUCUCGGUUUAUACAGCAGAAACUGGAGACAGCUACCACAGCCGAGAAGAAUUCUGUUUUCAAUGAAAUACUACCCCAUUCAGGCAAAUUGAUGACUGACGUGUUUGGCAACUAUGUGAUACAAAAGUUUUUCGAGUUUGGUACUAAGGAACAAAAAGAGCAUCUCUCUCAACGUCUGCAAGGUCACGUAGUUGAGUUUGCUACUCAGAUGUAUGGUUGUCGUGUUAUACAAAAAGCACUAGAGUCUGUACCAGCUGAGGCGAAAAUACACAUAGUUAGUGAACUGAGACCAUAUGUGACUCGAUGUGUAAAAGAUCAAAAUGGAAAUCAUGUUAUUCAAAAGUGUAUAGAAUGUGUUCCACCUUCGGAACUUGAUUUUAUCAUUUCAGCCUUCCGUGGUCAGGUCGUUUUACUUUCGUCACAUCCUUAUGGUUGUCGAGUUAUUCAACGUAUUUUAGAGCACUGUUUACCUGAACAAACACGUCCUAUCCUGGAUGAAUUGCACAAGGGUGUGGAGCAUUUGGUUAAAGAUCAAUACGGGAAUUAUGUUAUUCAACAUGUUUUGGAGCAUGGUUCAAAUGAAGAUAAGUCACGCAUUAUUCAAAGUUUACGCGGUCGAGUGUGUGCCUUAAGCUCUCAUAAAUUUGCAUCGAAUGUUAUGGAAAAGGCGAUUGCCAAUGCUGCAACAUCUGAGAGAGCUCUACUAAUUGAAGAAAUUCUACAUCCUGUCUCGAAUGUUGGUAUCAAUGGCGGUGAUGCUUCUCUGACAACCAAUAUCUCUUCAUCCCUAGUAGAUAUGAUGAAAGAUCAAUAUGCAAAUUAUGUGGUUCAACGGAUGCUUGAACUGGCUGAUGCAGAACAACGUCGUGUACUGAUCAAUCGAAUUCGACCAAUGCAAAAUGUUCUACGCAAAUUCAAUUAUGGCAAGCAUAUAAUAGCCAAAUUGGAAAAGUACAGUAGUACAACUGGGAAUAGUCCUGGGAAAGGUUCAUCAUCAAAUAACAAUCCAUCUAGUUCAAAUAGUUCUUCAUCUAAUCAUACUUCUAAGAAUAACAGUAAUAAUGGUAGUAGUAGUGGUAAUAGUAGUAGUAAUAAUACUGGCGCCGCAACCAAGUCAGGAUCGAAUUCCGAGGGUAAUGGUGUAACAGGACAACAGAAUGAUACUUCUAAUACAACGCAUAAAUCGAAUGAAAAGUCCAACCAUCGUGCAUAA